AUGUCUGGUUUGACUGGAAAUAAUCUUUUACCACGUUGUACUUCGUGGCUGUGCACUACUUGUGAGAAUGCAAGAUUUGGAGUCAGAAAAUCUCCGAUAUCUCAAUCAAUUUCGAACUCUUUAGAUGCCGAUUACUUAUUAAAAAUAAAUAACAUUCUUUUGACGGUAAUUGAAAUGAAAAAAUCAGUUUUUAAAUAUGAAUCACUGUUUUCGAAACUCAAAAAUAAACUCGACAAAGUUUCUAAUCAACUGCUCGAUUUGGGUGGUCGUUCUUUAGUGCUCGAAAAUAGAGUCACCCAAUUAGAAAACCGUUUAUCUAGUAAAACUCUUACUCGGAUGUGUCUAUAA